AUGUCGUCCGACUACCCAAAGACCGUAAUGACGACGGAGCAAACCCCGGAGGAGCAGAAGAACAUCGACGUCUGCAAGGAGUACAUGUCCAUUGCAUACUCGCCAAGCAGGAACAACGGCGGCUCAUCUGUAGAGCAUCUGUGUACCAGCGAUAGCUGGUUUUGGGCCCCCUCUACGUUUCCUGGCUGCGAAACGCCAAUGGAUUACGCAGAGUCUCAUGCUCACGUCAUGGCGAGCGUAACCAAUUUAAGAAUCACUCGCUACGAUCAGGCUUGGGCAAAGGGUGGACAUGUCUUGCUGCGUUACACUGCUGAGGGCAACUUCGACGGCAAACCAUACAAAGGGAUCCAGCCAAACGGGAACCAUGCCAGAUGGUCUGCGGCAGCUAUUUUCGAGGUGGAAGAUGGGAAGGUGAAGUCGUUUACCAAAGACUGGGACCAGAAAACAAUGCAAGUCCAACUGAAAUGGGCCCCCGUCAACGUCUACGAGAGCGACGACCCGAGGUGGGAUAGCACAGCCUUGGGUUUUCCCGAGCGAGCAAGGACGAAGUAG